CUUUCAGUCAGGCUGUACCUGGUAGAGCUCAUGGUAAAGGCUUUGGAUUAGUCCUGGCUGGUGGUAAGGACAUUGACGCCAAUGGGUACCCAGAUUUAAGUGUUGGUGAUUUGAGCGGAUCUGAAGUGAUGAGUAUCAGAAGCAGUCCUAUCGUUAGUGUAGAGGUUGAGCUACUGGAGACCGACCUGACCAUUAAUUAUGCUGAAAAGAAUUGCAUUAUUAACAACAUUGAACUUGUCUGUUUCAACAUCACUCCAUGCUUUACUCUUACUACUGUUCAUGGCAAUGUACCAAAUUUCAAAUUCAAGUACAGUCUAUCAGUUGAUCCAGUUACUAGGCGUGUUGGUCUUGCUGAUAAUCUUGAGUCGAACGUAGUGACUCGUGAAGUUGUAUUGAGUGUUAACAGUGGCAGUAGAACCUGCACAAACACUAGUACCUAUGUACUCCAGCCUGAUUUCUCAAACACUGAUCCAUUUCCGUUAAGCAUUUCAGUGAGUAAUCCUAAUACACUCCUUCCACUGGUCACUCCAGAAGACACACAAUAUGGAGGACCACUUCAUCCUAUACUAAACCAAAAGGAGUCAAACAACUUUGAAAAACAGAUCGUUCCAGAGUUUGUUUUAAAUUGUGGCUCAGAUAGAGUGUGUGACCCAGAGUAUGAGAUUGAUGUUGAACUCAUUGGAGAAACGGAUACUGUUCCAUUGGCAGCUGCUUACACUUUUGGUGUUCAAGUUAUGUUAAAUGUGACCGAGGAGGACAGUCUUGCCCUGUCACUGGUUGCACUCAUACCACCAGGGAUACAGUUUGCCAGCUCA